UUUCAGAAAACAAAUUUACAACAAACGAAACACUUUUACAAAUCAUAAAACAAAUUUACAUUUCAGAAAACAAAAUUACAACUGACAAAAUCUUACGGAAAGGGAGGGACUGUCUUCGAAGCUUACCCGGAAGUGAUAACCGGAGCGUUCAUGAUGACCCAAGAUGGAAGCGAAUAGAGUUGCGUUUUGCCCGUUCUGCGGCACUCAUGUGAGCAGGUUAACGCGUUUUUGUUUUUCCUGCGGUCGGUCAUUUGAGUUUUUAAUUGGUACCGAACAGACGGAAGAACCGGAGGUACCUGGGACAUCCCAACAAGCGGAUAAUGCUAAACAAAAAGGUGAAUUGUGCCCAUCAUACAAACAGUUCAUGGAGUACAGAAGCUCAAAAUCUAAAGAGCGUCAGUCAUUUAACUACGGUGCUAGAGGAAGACAUCGUGCUAAAGAACAAAGACAAGUACAGAUAAACAUUGGAAUCAUGGUGCCGAUCGGAACUGAUUUAAAACCUCUCAGGGGGAAAACAAUCCCAUUAUUUGUUGACCCAGAUGUAGGAGCAAAAGAGAUACUGCAAAAAGGUGUCCAGAAAAUGAGAACAUUCAACAAGGACAUACAAGAAGGACCAUACGUCCUUUUAUAUCCAGACUGUUCAGAGGUAAUCAAUGUGCCUGGAUCAGAGAGGCCAUUCAAAUUGUCAGAAUAUAAAAAAGAACUUGGAAGGCCAUAUUCCAGGAUCACAUUUUUCAUUUGUUUAGAGACCCAUUUAAAAGGAGCUGUGGAUGACACCUCAGACUCGGAUUCUGAAAUCAUCUUCAUGUCAAGGAGCACAUCUGAAUUCUGCAAAGCUGACACAGUGGUUUACGAACCACAAAACCAAAGUACUCCCAAAGAAAAACCUGCAGAUGAUGGGGAUGCACAGGGCCAUUUAUCAACAAUUCAGCCUGGGCAGAAUCCAUCUGAAACAAAUCCAGACAAGAGCUGCUACAGUAAAUACACAGAUCUGUAUUCACCAUGUGUUGAGGAAGAGGAUGAGGAGUUUGUUGCAGACACUAUGGAGAAUGUCCAAGACACAGUGACAGAAGUUCACACUACACUACCUGAGAUUGUAGCAAACCUCUCACUUUCUAUUGAUCACAAGAGAGUGAGCAGGUUCAACAUCUCAAGGGCUGAUGUUUGGGAGGGAGCUGUCAGAGGGUUUAAGCGUUCAACAUAUUCUGAAAGCUGCGACAUGCUGGUCAGAUUUACUGAUGAUGCUGGUGUUUAUGAGGAGGGAAUUGAUACAGGUGGUCCAAGACGGGAAUUUCUAUCUCUGCUGAUGAAAUGCUUGAAAGACCGGCCCAUUUUUGAUGGACCAGAAGGACAUCGUUUCUUGGUCUACAAUGCAAAUGCUGUUAGGGAGGAUGAAUACUUCCUUGCAGGAAAGAUGAUUGCAGUUUCAGUUGUGCAUGGAGGUCCAGGACCCCAUUUCCUGUCAGAAGAUCUUGUACAUUAUCUUGCCGGCCAGCCUUCAUUCCAACCAACUGUUAAGUUAGUAACUGAUGAAAGGAUAGGGAAAGCUUUGCAUGAGGUGAGGAUAGCAUAAAUCUAUAGUGUUAUCAGACAGUUUAACAUGGUUCCUAGGCCUGUCACGGUAACAAAUUUUGCUGGGCGAUGAUUUGUUUUUUUUAAAGUAUUAAGCUAAAUCAUAUUGCCGUUUGGAGGCCUUACUCAAUUACGGUAAUAUGGUAAUGGCUUAAUAAAUAUAUCCUCUCGACUUACCAUAUCACACACAUUAAACAGGCGGGGUUUUUGGUUUAAAUCCAAAAAACUCCCAUCCCUCUAUUGUUGUGUUUGGCUUUGACACCUAUUUAAUUUCUUUUCAAACUAGUGUGUCUGUGGCUGCCCCUCAUGGGGAUCUCGUUUUAAAUUUGAGGAUGUGUCUACCUGACACAAGUCAGGUUCCCCCCAACAUAAUAUUAACCUGGCUGGCCGCCAGGCUUUACCCAGCGACAUAAAGCGGUCAGUUAAGUUCCCAUCUGGAGGAAAGCAUCCUGAUCAACUAACCUUUUGCGCUAGCUGGUAUUAACUUUACACACACUACGGCACCCAGUUAAGGGGCUGCAUUGCACAAGUCCCUGUUCCCUUGGCACCUCACCCAACCCACCAGACCAGUACCCCAAGGAUUACCCCUUUUUCUGUAGGAAAUUCUGGCAACAAUUAACCCCUCUCCUACAUUGGAAAUGAGAAGGGAAGGGUGAGCAGACAUCAAUGCACCAUAUUGAGACAGAAACACAAGGGGAAAUAUUCAAGCAUGCAUACCCAAAUUAUUGUUUAUUUUAAUUACUCGUGAUUAAAAUUGUGCAAUUAAUCGAUAUAUUGCUUAUUGUGACAGGCCUAAAGGUUCCUACACUGUUUUAUGAUGCAAAUGACUUCCUAUAUUGCAUAUA